AUGGCAAAGGCAAACGACGAGCUUGUGAAGCCUGAUAACCGUGAUUUCUCGUUUAGACAGGAUCAUCUUACUGGUUUCCGACACAACUAUGAACUGUAUCCUAAUCCUAGUCAUGACUACAACUCCGCAUUUGAGCAGCUACUCGAUAUCAACCUCCAGAUUGGUGGCUCCUGCGAGGCAAGUGAGAUCUGGAACCAUUUCCAAGAACACAAGGUUAUGCCUCUUCAAGACUCGACGAUUAAACAUAUCGAUGAAGCAACAAAGGAAGCUAUAGGAAACCACCAAAGUGAUAGCUUUCUCUCUUUCCCUGACUCUGAAACUGUAAUUGAAGCGAGCCAGAAGCAAGAAUCUCAAGAGAUCAACAAUGAUGACUUAGCGUAUAACACCAUCGACUUUACUCCUUCUCCUCCUCCUCCUCCUCCUCCUAGCUCUCAAUGCUGGUCUCUCCCCGGUGCAGGUCCUGAUCACGAAAUGGCUGUUGGUAUGGAGUUUCCUGAUGUCCACGCUUGCAGGAAAGCGCUGAGAGACACAGCCAUUUCACUACGUUUCGAGAUGCACACGAUCAAAUCCGACAAGACUCGCUUCACCGCCAAGUGCAUGGGCGAGGGAUGUCCAUGGAGGAUCCACUGCGCCAAAGUCCCCAACGCGCCGACUUUCACGAUAAGAACCAUCCACGGGAGCCACACGUGCGGUGGGAUUUCACAUCUUGGUCACCAACAGGCUUCGGUUACUUGGGUUGCAGAGGUUCUGGCGGAGAAGCUUAAAGAAAACCCUCAUCUCAAACCAAAGGAGAUACUAGAGGAGAUUCACCGAGUCCAUGGCAUUGCUCUCUCUUACAAGCAAGCGUGGAGAGGGAAAGAGCGUAUCAUGGCUUCUCUCCGUUGCUCAUUCGAUGAAGAGUACCGUCUUCUUCCUCAGUAUUGUGAGGAAAUCAAAAGGACUAAUCCAGGGAGCGUCGCUGUGGUUCAUGCAAAUCCGAUCGAUGAGAGCUUUCAGCAACUGUUCAUCUCUUUCCAAGCGUCAAUCUCUGGUUUCUUGAAUUCUUGCAGGCCGCUCAUCGCACUGGACAAGGCUUGUUUAAAGAGCAAAUAUCCGGGAACGUUGCUGCUCGCCACCGGAUUCGAUGGAGAUGGAGCUGUGUUUCCUUUAGCAUUUGCGAUUGUUAACGAAGAGAAUGAUAGUAACUGGUUUCAGUUUCUCUCGGAGCUUGGUAAGAGCCUUGAAGCCAACUCUGAGAACAACAUGCCAAGGCUUACCAUAUUGUCAACUAUGGAGAAACAGAUUGCUGAUGGAGUAGAGUCUAGUUUCCCAACAGCGUUUCAUGGCCUUUGUGUUCAUCAUCUCACGGAACAGUUCCAAAGAGAGUUCCACAACUCGGAUCUUGUGAGCCUUCUUUGGGAGGCUGCACAUUCUCUCACCGUCCUCGAGUACACGUCGAAGAUGAACAAGAUUGAACAGAUAUCCCCUGAGGCUUUCUUGUGGAUCCAGAGCUUCUCUCCUUCUCUGUGGGCAUCUUCAUGCUUUGAAGGAACAAGGUACGGACGUUUAACCGCUAAUGUGAUCACCGAGUCGCUCAGGAGUUGGAUAGAAGAUGCCUCAGGUCUUCCUAUAAUCCAAAUGAUGGAGUGUUUCCACAUUCGUUUGAUGAGUUUGUUCAAAGAACGCCGCGAAACGAGUUUGCAUUGGUCUGGCGAGCUCGUUCCUUCUGCUGAGAAACAACUCCUUGAUGCGAUGGAGCAGUCUCGUGUUCACAGAGUUUACAGAGCGAACGAAGCGGAGUUUGAAGUCAUGACUGGUGAAGGAAGCGUCGUCGUGGAUAUCGAGAAGCGUUCUUGUUUGUGUCGCCGGUGGGAGAUUCACGGUUUGCCGUGUAGCCACGCCGUUGGAGCUCUGUUGUCUUGCGAAGAGGAUGUUUACAAGUACGCUGAGGGUUGUUUCUCAUCGGAGAGUUACAGGAGGACUUAUGCGGAGAGUGUAGAGCCAGUUUCAGAGAAAGUCGAGUGGAAAGCAGAGAGAGAUGCUGAUGGUGAAGAUGGAAUAAGAACACCAAGGGCUAUAAGAGAUGUUCGGAGGAGGAAGAGAGUUAGAGCAGAGGAUGUUGGGCGUGUGAAGCGUGUGGUUCACUGUGGCCGGUGUAAUCAGACCGGACAUUUCAGAACAACCUGCGUUGCUCCCAUGUAA